AUGGCAUACUCGCAGGAGCGAGAGCCAGGCGUCCUCAAGUAUGCGAUCACGGUACCCCAGGACGCGCAAGAUGAGAAGUCAAUAUAUGUGAUCGAAGAAUACGCCGACAAAGCCGCGCUGGAUUCCCACAUGCAGAUACCACCCAUAGCGACGUUUACGCAAUUCGUCGGAUCUGAUUCCACGCUCCUCGAAGGCGCGCCGGUCGUCUACAGCCUCGAAACGGUAUCAUCGUUCACACGGGCUGAAACCGCGCAGCACGCCGAUCCGUACGUCGUCUUCGCAACUCUUGGUUACAAGGAAGGCACAUCGCGGCAAGCCUUAAAGGGCUGGGAAAGCCUGGUGGCAUCCGUUAAGCAGCAAGAGCCAGGGACACUAUACUAUGGCAUCAUGAAAGACAAAGACAGCGAAGCAAAGCUGCGAGCUGUGGAGGUGUACGAGAGCGGGAAUGCUUUCAAGCAGGUGCAUGCCAAGGGCGAGGCGCUUACUGCGAAGUUCAAGCGGGACAGCGAUAUCAGCACGGGCGUGCAGCUCGUGUUUCUGAAGCUGGCGGCAGGUUACUUCUGGAAGGAUAAGCAGAAUUCGAGCCUGUAA